UGUGUGUGUGUGUGUGUGUGUGUGUGUGAGUGUGUGAGAGAGAUGUUAUUACGGUUAGACCUGAGUUGCAGAACAUUGUCACUGAAUAUCCGUACUUGUAGACUUCACAGUGAGGGGAAUGAUGUGCAGAUGUGUAUGGAUCCCUGCAGCCGGACUCACGUCCACACCCCUUAGAGCAGAUCUAAUAACCGGGGUCGUCUAAGGGAAACUUAACCAACACUUAAGAGUCGACCUCCCUCCUGUGAGACGUGCAAAGUGAAGCGACCUCGCCGGUGCACGAUGCAGCCGGUGCCGGGUGCAAAGGUCAACUCUCACGUGGUGUGUAAUUUACACGAAAGGCCGAAUGGAGAUUUUCUCCUAAUCUUGAGGAAGGGGAUUAGAUUAAAUCUGUUGCAUAGUCACUGUGACAGCGCCUUCAGCACAUUUCAUUACAACAAAGUGCUGCUUUCUGCUCUCAGGACACUGCACACCUCACACACACUACAGCGUGUUCCAGGUGUCUCCAAUGUGCAACAGAUAAAUCAGACAUGAAAUAGUGCAGGUGCAUGAUUAAUCAAUCUGGACCUUUUGUUGCUCUGGAGUCACAUCCCCCUCCAGGAAUCCCCCAGAAUGCCACAUGUUCGCCCAAAAAGCUGCAUUAAAGUGCAUGUUGUUUUAAUGAUUUCUUAGCUUUUAGUCGUGAUUAUGAUCGAGCAUGCUUUUUUGUAUUCUUAUGUUUUGUAUUUAUUGAACAAGGACAAUGCUUCAAUGCAACACAGUAUGAGAGAUUUAAACGUAAAAAAAUGUAAGGCAUGAUAAAUAACACACUCACAGAACAGAAGAAAAUACAAUACAAAUAUGAGAAAUUCAUUUCAAAGUGCACGUUUACAGGGGUCAUUUUUGCAGAAAUGUGUAAAUCCUCCCAGUAUAAGAGAGAUUUGCACGUACACAGAUACAGUGAUGUAUAUCAUGUCGUGUACUUUCAUAUUUUAUACUUUACCUCUACAGUGUUUCACAGCUUUCGUGUGAAAAGGCCUCUUUAACUCGUGUGUUUUGCAGUGUUUCGGGGCAGUUGUGUGGAAAUAGUUAAAGGUUAACCGUGGCAUUUUAAUAUGCAUCUCUUCCAUAAGUGUUGAUGUUUUUAAACACACAUACACACACACACACACACACACACACCAGUGCAUUUAGCAGCCUGGUCACCUCUGUUGAUGAAUCAUGCAGAGGACGAUGAUCUGCAGCUAAUUCGAGUCAUGCCUCUGGGCCGCGGGGCUCCGAGCAGUCAUGCUGUUCUCAUUGCUUAAACAUCAGAGAGCCGGGAACCGAACCCGGCCUCCAGGCCUCCAAACAAGCUGCUGAUAAUCAUCUGAUUAUUUUAGUCUCUGUGGAGCGGAGCUAACGCUGAUGAGAGGAGCUCUUCACACAUGCUGACAGAGCUGCUGCAGGCCCGGGUUAUUAUAGAUAUUAAAUAAGCUGUAACCAUCAACAAAUCAAACACAAAACAUCAGCUAAUUCUGAUCACAUAAACAAAUGUCCACAUUCUGGGGAUUUUCAGCCGGUUUCAAGCAUUUUCUUUUAGUUUAUGUAUUGAAUUGUCUCUUAAAGACACAGUAUAAUUCAUUUUCUAUUCAUCUUUUAUUAAGUAUAACGACAGAAUCCUACGGCCUUUGAUAUUCCCUUUAUAUAUAUUUUAUAACAUACAAGGACACGGUGUAAUUCAUUUUUAAUUUAUACAUAUUGUAUGAAAGACUGAAUCCUAAGGUCUGAAGGUCUUCUCCCAGCAUGUGAGUUUAUGUAAUGGCAGUGAUGGUCUUCCAUACCGCCCUCCUCCAGUAGAGGAGCCUGCAGGGGGCGGGUCCUGCACAGGGAGGGGGGGUCCUGAGCUUCAGCUGGUGUUAACUCGGGACCAGGUGGAGGAAAAUCUGCAGAGGAGGAGGGCGCGGUGGUAGAAACACGGAGACGGCACCGCGAACAGCAGCUCAUCUCAGGCAGGAGAGCCGGACUACUGGCGCCACCCCCCGGUGUUUGUCCCGGUCUUUUUCCCGGUGUGGGUCCAUGCUCGAGGGAUCUCUUUGCUGCACGACACUCAGAAGAAGCUGCACGCCACUCGACAGAUGAACCGAGGCGUGCUGAAGUGAGGGAAUCUCACAGGCUGGUCAGCGUGGAGACCCCCUGCUGAGAGCUAUGAAAGAUUUACCUGUCAGGGGGGCUGUAACAAAGACGGAGCCCGUCGUCACGGCAACAGGUGUCUGCAGGUGUAGAGGCAGGAUGCUGUGGCUGCUGCUCUGCCUGCUUCCCGCGGCGUGCGAGGGCCGGAUCGAGGUUCUGGAAGUCGCUGAUAAAAACCGAAACAGCCCCGUGGACGUCGGGGUGAAGACGAGGCCUCACAUCUACUUCUGCCGUUCGCCCAACAUGGAGGACUUCAGCUGCUGGUGGCACCCGCUGGAGAACCUGACGGAGGGGGAGCCGGUCUCCUACGUCCUCACUUACUCCAAAGAAAAGGAGCCGCAGCAGGAGUGUCCGGACUACGUGAGCUCCGGCCCCAACAGCUGCCACUUCGACAGCAGCCACACCACCAUCUGGAAGAUGUACUGUCUGAACGUGACCGCCGUCACCGCAGGCGGGAACUACACCUCCCAGCAGCACUGCCUGGACGUGGCCGAUAUAGUGCAGACCGAGGCUCCGGUGAACCUGUCCUUCGUGCUGGCGGACACCGGCGGGGAAGAGAUUGGUCACAACGCGCUGCUGUCCUGGGCGUACCCGGUGCCGUCGGACCUGAAGUACGGCUGGAUCACGCUGGUGUACGAGCUGCAGUACCGCCGCGUGAGCGAGCCCGACGUCUGGAAGGUGAAGCACCCUCUCAGGGAUCCCCACGUGGAGCUGCUCGGCCUCCCAGUCGGGGAGUUUGUGGUCCGGGUUCGAUGCCGCUCGCGCAACUCCGGCCUGUGGAGCGAGUGGAGCGUGCAGCUGCUGAUGAGCAUCCCCGCCCGUCCACCGGCAGGGAAGCUGCUGGUGCUGAUCCUGGUGACCGGGGUCGGGGUGGUAGCUCUGCUGGUGAUCACCCUCGGGCUCCUCCCCCAGAGCAAGAGAAUAAAAGACUACUUCCUGCCCCGCAUCCCGAAGCCACAGAUCAUCGGCAUUGACCCGCUGCUCCUGAAGAAGGGGAACCUGGAGGAGAUAAACCGUCACUUCAGUAACUUCCACAGCUACACGCCCCCGAGCUACACGGAGGAGGCGUGGGACGCUGUGAGCGCUGGCGAUGCCUUCCUCCCGGCGGCGAGGGUCUGCAGCGGGCCGGAGCGGGACGCGGUGACGGUGCCAAUCGACAUGGCGCCGGGGGCCGCUCGACUCCCGGCGUUGUACCUGCAGAGCGCCGCCCCACCGUACUGCUCCUCGCCGCCGGACGCCGCCUCCUCGUGGCUGCCGCCAGAGAUCCUGACGCUCCCGGGCACGGAGUACAGCAUCAUGGGUAACCCUCACCCUCCCGCCCCCCCGCCGCAGGACUUCUACACCUGCGUGCAGCUGAUGAACGACAGCGGCGAGGUGCACCUGGUGCCCUGCCUGCCGCCGGCGUACUGCCGCGAGUUCCCGCCCCCGCCAGGCGUCAAGGCUGAGAAGAAGAAGAAGAUGGCCGACAGCCACGCUAGGACAAACGUGAGCGACGGCGGCGAGGCAGCGGUGCCUCUGCUGCCCAUCCAUCACCAGGGCUGAGGAGCACCUGCUGGACUUCAAACGUGUCUCUUUUAUCGUGCAAACGUCCCAGCUUUGCAUUAAACCCUGAACACAACGCAGACUCUUCUUGGUGUAUAAACAGCGUUUCCCUUUUCCUACGAGUUCCUCCGGACACCUCCAACCCCUCCAUGCUCCGGACGACUUCAGGUGACCUCGAGUGAGCACUCAACAGCUGCGAACCAGAUGAAUUGUGGGUAAAGGAGUCCGCUCUCACAUUCAGUCUCAGGAAACAGAGAGCUCUCACCUGUGUGUACCUGCUUUAAUCCCACAUAUUGUAACGCUGAACACUUUGCUCAUGGGAAAUGUUCUCUCCCCCGCUGGUAGACAUAUUUCAGUGAGCAUGAAAUGAGGCGCUGCGUCUCUAAUCUGCAGGUUUAAACCUAACAUGUAAUACAGGAAACAGGUCAGGAACGAAGACCCCCCUCCCUCAGGAAGACGAUGUUUAAUGCACUGAAACCACUGCUUUAAUGUUAUACAGCAGCCCCUCUCUAUUAAAUAAUAUAUUUCAUUGCAACACGCCACAGGAAGUAUUUUGAAUAUCUUAGCAGGUACAGGUUGUUUUUCGGUGAAUCAGACACUCAUAUAUAUUUUUCUUUACCAAAAAUGUGUUUUGCUGAACAAAUGUGUAUUAUUACAAAAUCCUUGAGGCCCUUACAGGCGGACCUUGAAGAAGCUCUGAAGUGUAAAGCACUUGUUAUUGUGCAGAGAUAAUGUCCUAUUAUUGUGCCUUUGUUUCCACUCCUCAGAAACACGCUUAUGAGUCUUUAGGUGUGUAUUUACACGGUGUAUGUAGAUGCACACGUGAGCUACGUUCAGCAUGUAUGAAACAGAAACCACGACCUGAUCUCUGAACCUGUCAGAAUGAAAAAGGAUCUGCUGGAAUAAAAAGUGAAAAUGUG